GAACACGCCUUCCCGGGGGCAGGAGCGCGGCUUUCCCGGGGCUGGAGCACGGCUUCCCGGGAGCCCGAACACCCCUUCCCCGCGGCUGCCAGGCGGUUUCAGCCCCGUUUCGCUGCUCGGUGGAGCUGAUGGCUGCAGCCCACCUCUGCAUAGGGCUGUGUAAACUUGGUGGAACUCGGGCUUUUUGGGUGAAAACCUCCCCUGACGUCUCGGCGCAGCGAACAUGCCUGAGCAGAGCAAUGAUUACAGGGUGGUGGUGUUCGGAGCAGCGGGGGUCGGCAAAAGCUCCCUGGUCCUGCGCUUUGUAAGGGGCACUUUCAGGGAAACCUAUAUCCCCACCAUCGAGGAUACCUACCGGCAGGUGAUCAGCUGUGACAAGAGCAUCUGCACCCUGCAGAUCACGGACACCACGGGCAGCCAUCAGUUCCCUGCCAUGCAGCGGCUCUCCAUAUCCAAAGGGCAUGCCUUCAUCUUGGUGUACUCCGUCACCAGCCGGCAAUCCAUGGAAGAUCUUCACCCCAUCUUCGAUGAGAUCUGUCAGAUCAAAGGCGACAUCCAGAAAAUCCCGAUAAUGUUGGUGGGGAACAAAAGCGACGACGCGCAGAGGGAGCUGGAUGCCAGCGAGGGGCAAGCGCUGGCCAGCAAGUGGAAGUGUGCCUUCAUGGAGACAUCUGCCAAAAUGAACUACAACGUGCAGGAGCUCUUCCAGGAGCUCUUGAAUCUGGAGCAGAGGAGAACUAUCAGUCUCCAGGUGGAUGGAAAGAAAUCCAAACAGCAGAAAAAGAAAGAUAAACUGCAAGGCAAAUGCUCUGUUAUGUGAUUGCCUUUGGCUGGACUUGCUGCACGGCGCAGCUGGAGCAUGGACUCCCACAGAAAAUACAUUUCUGCUGGAGAUUUUGGAGGAAUCCACGCCUUGCAGGCUUGUUGCUUUCCUCUAAAAUCCCAACUGGGUAAUUGUAUGUGUUGUUUUUAAGGAGGAUGGCUUCUGCAUGUUUAUUUUUUUAAACCAAUAAAUGUUCCAUGUUAGCAAUUACCUGUGACUAGAAGUUUUUAAUGCAAGAAGUUUUUCAGAUGCAAAAAAAAGUCUGUCAGAACAAGCCUCCCUAUUCUUGUGAGUACAUGCCAGUUUUUAAAUAUCUCCAGCCUGUUAACUCAGAGGAAAUAAUCUAUAAUGUGUAGAGUUAAAUUGUUUUCAGGAAUCUAUUGACCAGAGCAAAUCUGUAUCAAAGUGAGGCAUUUGCUCUAAAAAUGA